AUGUCAUACGCAAAAAUUCAUGAAUCUUUUGUUCGAAAUCAAAUUUGGGGAUUCAAUCCUUCUGAAUCAAUUCGUUUUGCUGGACACGUUCCAUACGGCUUUCAACGUUUUGGCGAGUCUUCAAAGAAGCUCACCAACUCUGCGCUUUGCGAUUUCUCGUCUAACUAUAGACGAAGGCAAAGUACUGAAUGGGCGCCAGUAAAUGUUGUCAAUUGUGACUUGUGUUUGACUUAUUACGUCAUGAUGUGUCAAGUCAGCUGUCAAUUAUCAUGU